UGAUUUUGGCUGUGAUGGUAUCAGACUUUGUUUAACAGUCAAACACACCAGCUUAAGUAAAAUGGCAUCACAAGCUUUGUUCUUCUUCUGCUUGGCCAGUUUGGCCAUCUCCGGCUGUUUGGGAGGCCCAGAUGGUGCAGUCCCAGUAGCCGCUCUGCCUUCCGCCUACUCGGUUCCCUACGCCUCUUCAUACAGCGCCAACGUUGUGAAUCACGCCAUUGCCGCCCCAGUUGCCGCCCGCGUAGCCGCCCCACUAGCUCCAGUUGUAGCCAGGGCAGCCCCCCUUGUGGCCCCAGCUGCUCCUUUAGUGGCUCCAGCUGCUCCCUACCUGGCGUCUCCUUAUGCGGCAGCUGCUCCAUAUGUGGCGUCACCUUAUCUGGCGUCCCCAUACGCAGCGGCCCCUUAUGUGGCUUCUCCAUACGCAGCCUCUCCUUAUGUGGCUUCCCCAUACGCAGCCUCUCCUUAUGUGGCUUCCCCAUACGCAGCCUCUCCUUAUGUGGCUUCCCCGUACGCAGCCGCCCCUUUGAUCGCCGCCAAGUAA